UGGAGUUAAUGUCCCUUUUGCGACAUCAUUACCAUUAAUUACCUUAACAUCGUCUGUUACCAAAGUAAUAAAAAAACGUAUGUUUUGUCAAUUUACCGUUCUUAGGACUUAAAACAACAUUUUGUACUACUUAACAAUUUUUUUCGCACCCUUAUUCUCUUAUAAAACUGAAAAAACCAACAUGUUGUGCGGAAAAAAAUUCAGAUGUUGCCAUUUUGAAAAAAAAUACAAACCUCAAAAACAUUCUUCAAGUGCAAAAACAACCAUAAAUACAAUUAUUUUUAAUUUGUGUCAAAUAUCAAUGCAAAAAUCUAGAAAAAACUAUGCAAUUCUUUAAACAUAUUAAUCAAAAAGAUAAUAGAUGUAAUCAUGGUUAAAUAAAAAACAUUCUACUUCUUGAAUUUUUAUCUUACUUCUUUUUAUUUAUUUAUUUUUUUCAAUAAUUUGAUUGUGAAUUCAGUCGCUCAAGUUGAGAUAAGAUUACGACCGAAAACUAAAUCAACAAAAACAAAACCACUUUUAAAUUGAAAAAGUGAUGAGUGCAAAAUGUGGUUUCCUGGAGCACUGAUUGUAUUUUUAUUGUCUUUCUCUGACGGCAAAAUUCACCCUCAUGACGAAAUUAAAAUCAUUAAUGGUAACGAUGCGCAAAAGGGACAAUUUCCGUGGCAAGUCUUAAUAUGGACUGAAACAACAAAUAAUCAGUUUAUUAACUGUAGUGGUGCUAUUAUCAGUCAUGAUUGGGUUCUCACUUCUGCUUCGUGUAUAAAUCAAGCUAACUUAGUGAGUGUUGCUUCUGGAAAUAGUGAUUUGAGUGAUUUGUCGGGAGUUAUAAUCACAGAGGCGGAAAGUGUCAACAUUCACGAGGAUUUUAACAAUGAUUCUCUUCAAAAUAAUCUCGGAUUGGUGAAACUUAAAUCAUCUUUAAUUUUUGAUGAAACCACUCAAGCUAUUUCUUUGAGUGAAGACGUUGUGGGGGACGGAAUUAACGUUACAAUUGCUGGUUGGGGAUACUCCAAUAAAGAUAGCAAUAACAUUACUUCGAUUCUUCAAUUUGCAAAUGUUCCUACUAUCAAGAAUUCAGAAUGUGCAAAAGUUUAUGGUUCUAAGGUUGUAACUUCAACUGUGCUUUGUACACACAACUCAAGUCUUGUAAAAGGUCCUUGUAUUAACGACGGUGGAGCCCCCUUAAUUAUGAAUGCCGCCACUGACCCUCAACAUGUCGGUAUCUUCAGUUAUAUAGGAGCAAACGGGUGUGAAAAAAAUUAUCCUGCAGGAUAUACAAGAACUGCAUCCUAUUUAAACUGGAUUAAAAAUAAAACUGGUAUUUAAGUUAUUGUCACAUGCAAAUA